CUUGGAAAAACCAAACGGGCAUCCUUCAGCACAUGCCAUGGCACUGAAGUGGAGCUUCGCCCUUGCCGCUGGGCGUGCGGAAGCGGCCAGUUUGAGGCGUCCUUCUCGAAGUCCGACACCCAGGAUCGCGUGGUCGUUUUGGGAUAAAGGAGCUGAGAAGUUGCCAGACUUUCGUCGCCUUUGUGUCGAGACCUGGGCUGCUCAGAACCCCGACUGGGAGAUUGAAAUUUUGGACCAGCGCAACGUUUUGGAUUUUUUGGAGCCUUCGGAUUUGCCCAGAUUAUGGGACGAGAUGUACGUCCCAUGGCAGGCAGAUGCUGUGCGACUGGCCUUGCUGGCGAAGUAUGGAGGCCUGUGGAUUGAUGCAUCAACUAUUUGCUUCCAACCGUUUGAUGCCUGGAUCUACGGAGCCAUUCAGUCAGAAGAGCGCCCAGAAGAAAUAGCCGCAUUCUACUUCUCUGCAUGGGGCUGUGAAAUGCACAAGAGCAAGGAGUUUGUUGAGAACUGGGUGAUGGCAGCCCGACGUGAACAUCCACUGAUGUUGGCCUGGCAAGCGCUUUUCAACGGCUAUUGGAAUAGCAAGUCCAGGGCAGACGCCUUUUCCAUGUUCCUCGACCCACCUGGUGUGCCAGAGCACCCGCUUUUUCGAGAUGUCGAUUUGAGCCACUUGAAACGCUUUGGGCAAGAUUUGAGGAAUUAUUUGCUGAUGCAUGCAGCAUUCAAAAAGAUGAUUGAUCAAUACCCAGAGUUCCGCCGAAUCUGGGAAGAGGAAAUGCUUCUAAUCCGUGCAGAUGACACCGCCUUUUGGCACAUGGAAGAGCCAGACGUGAAGUGGGACCCAAACGCUGCUCUGCGAAAAUGGCGGCGGAAGACAGAUCCGUCUUGGAUGGCUUAUGUGAAAAAAUCCUGUCCAGUCUUGAAGUUCACAAGAGAUACCGCGCAACUGCUCGAUGGGCUCUCGCGCGAGGAGUGUCUGACGGCAAGGGGCUAAAUGAACUAGCAAGGAAACUCACCAAGCUGUGGCAAGGUCUUAAAGACCUGAGGGACUACACCCGGAAAGAUUAACACGGAACCUAAAAAUUGACCUUUGGAAGAUCAUUUCCCCCAAAAAUGCACAUCCAGUGGUUUCAGAUUUCUGGUGAAUCUUCCAGGGCGUAUAUUGUAUACACACAUUGUUCCGUUGUUUGUUCCGAGUUACGUUGAGCCGGUUUGACUUGCGUUCGUGGGCCACAGGUGGUGCACGCGGGUGGGACCACAGGCCGAAUGGAAGCAGAGAAGUCAGAAAGCACUGUAGAAGCUGUGGGUGGCAGCUGGAGGUGGAAAACACUUCACUAGAGAUUGGUGGAGGACAGCAUCGAACUGAGUUCUUAGAGAGUAUCAACAGUAGGGCUUCAUCACACUCCUACUUAUGUGACACUUCAUCAUACAAAUCAUCACUUCGCCUACAAAUCGCCACACAUCACUUGACUGCAUCACAAAUAAGAUCUUCACGGCACUUCGCAACAUCACAAAUCAAAUCAAACCAGUGACAUGCCAAAUCACCCUGCACCGCACUGCCACUGUGCACUUCAGGAUCAUCACAAGUGUUUUUCGUUUGGAACCCAAGGCUCGUUCGGUAAAUUCAACAGCUGCAAAGAUUUAUUGCUUGUUGUCGCAGUGUACAUGCACAAUCGCAGGCCGCAAAUGAACACUUGCCAUCAUAGUUUGCCAUUCUUGAAACUUCCACCCAGAGGGCUGCUUUUGCAAGGCGUUUGAGCAAUUCUGAGCACACAUGUGCACUGUGGUUUCUCUAUCGGCUAUCGGCUACCGCUUUGGCUUGCAACAGAAAAGGGUUCAUGUAUUGAAUGUAUUGAUAUGCUAGUAACAAGGAGCUACCAGUAACAAGAAGCUACUAGUUGGAGUUGGAGGCCAUUACUACUAGUAACACGAAGCUACUAGGUGGAGGCCAUCGCUAUUAGGUUGGAGGCCAUUACUAGGAGUAACAAGAAGCUACUAGGUGGAGGCCAUCGCUAUCAGGUUGGAGGCCAUUACUACUAGUAACAAGAAGCUACUAGGUGGAGGCCAUCGCUAUUAGGUUGGAGGCCAUUACUACUAGUAACAAAAAGCUACUAGGUGGAGGCCAUCGCUAUUAGGUUGAAGGCCAUUACUACUAGUAAUAUGAAGCUACUAGUAUGGGAAGAGAAAAUAGUUAAGCCGAGCCUUUGAGAUCCUGCGUGUCGGCGCUCGACAUCGCUCGACAUCUCAGGCUGGAACCUGCUUGGGGGAUGCUUUCGCCCAGGCAUUAUCGGUAGACUAACUGCAAAACCGUCGGCCACUCUGGGCAAGAAGGUCGAGCCGGAGCCGCAUGCAGGGUUGCAAGCACCGACCUGGAAAUGUCCACGUGGACAAGCUUCCUGGAAAAGACCACCUUAUGCUGACGAACAGCAAGGACAAGGCCUUAUUGCUGACGAAUUCUGGC